CCCUAAUUCUCCACCCAUUCUUCUCUAGACUAUUAGACUUACGUCAGCACAAGUAACUAACUACAGUACCUCUCCUCACGAAAGGUGUAACAGAACCCAUUCCAUAAAUCAGGCAAUGGCCUGCUUCAGAAUGCGCGACGAACCCCCAGCCUACGAGGAAACCGCAGGCUCCAGCUCAACCGCUAUCCCAGGCGACAACAAAACCCAAUUACAAGAUGAGCCUCAACUAUCGCAAUACGGGCUGAUUUCUUUCUCAGGGUACGAUCGUGUUCGUCUUAUGCGCUUCCCAGAGUCUAUUGUACCGCUUGUAUCGGAGACUCUCCAGAAACACUGGCCGAAGGGCAUACAAAAUGUAAAGGCGUACUAUGAGAGUACGGAGUUCAAGUUACGGGGAAAUCCGUUCGAACACGGUAACGACGAUGAGAAGAUUGCACUUCGUAAUGUUAUGUUAGGGCUUCUUGAUACAUUGGCAAGAGAAGGGUGGGGUGUACACCCUGCUGCGGGGGGGUUGGGAAGGAUAGGGAAUUAUACGUCGCUUGGGCAGAAAGAUAGCCUAAUAUUCAAACGCCAAGCCCCCCAGCAACUCUCCUGGAUGUGUAUCUCCUUCGACUCCGAAGACCUCAUGCACCUUAUCAACGCACCCCACGCGUUGGCCUUAUCCUUGGUUUCAACCUUCGGGGACAGGAUCAAAAAUUGUAACCAAGAUCUUGUGACCGGGACGUUUGAGGUCAGGUUCCAAAGAAAGAUAUGGGCUAAGUCGUCAGACGAAGGAGCGGUGCUGAGUAGAGUGGCCAUACUAGAUGUGCUUCAGUGUCUGGAGGUUCAGGGGUUUAGGUUGUGUUCAAGCUUGGAUAUCGACUAUGGCAACGGGGGCGAGUUGUAUAAGAGUAGUGGGGAGGCAUGGUUCUGUUGUCGGGACGGGGUUGACGGUGUGGGGGGUUAUAUUUAAUGUUAAUAAAGGCACCACUUGUAAGGUAGGCCAGAUAGCAGGAAGAAAGAAGUUUUGCUAUACAGCGGACGUGCUGCAUCAUCCAGAGGCUCUGAGCAUAUUGCGUGGCAGCC